CCAAGUGACGCGCGCGCUUCAUGCCCGUUGCUCUGCCCGGCACGACGCAGCAGCAACCGUCAAGAUGGUCCGCGAGGACCUAGUCACCUCAGCGGUUUCAUUCCUCCAGGACCCUUCGGUCGCCAGUGCCCCGAUUGAGAAGCGCAUCUCGUUUCUCCAGUCCAAGAAUCUUACCCAGGAUGAAAUUGAUGCUGCCCUAGCCCGCGCAGGCUCAGCUCCAGCCGCUUCGGCCCCCGCACCUCAAGGCUAUGCCUACCAGCAACCGCCGUCGCCUGCACCUCCUCCCGGAUAUGGCGCCUAUCCGGGAUAUUGGCAGCAGCCUCCGCCUGAGGUCCCGAAGCGCGACUGGCGCGAUUGGUUUAUCAUGGCCACGGUAAUGGGCGGGGUCGGUUACGGCCUAUACUUUACCGCAAAGCGUUAUAUCCUUCCUCUCAUCGCUCCCCCUACGCCGCCACAGAUUGAGCAGGACAAGAACUCGAUUGAUGAAUCUUUCAACCGCGCAUUUGCCCUUCUCGAGCAACUCGAAGCGGACACCAAAGCACUUAAAGCUUCGGAGGAAGCCCGGACAAGCAACCUGGAUACGGCUCUCUCUGAGAUGGAGACCGCCACGGAAUCCCUCAGGGAAUCUCUGCGGAGACGGGAUGCCGAUAGCCGGAGACUGGAGGAUGACGUUCGCGGAUUGAGGGAGUUGAUACCUAGGGCAUUGGAAGCGCACAAGGAGAGCACCGAUAACCGGCUGAAGGACCUUUCGCAGGAGCUCAAGAGCUUGAAGACAUUGGUUGCGAACCGGAUGGGAGGCGCCAGCUCGCCGAAUACCGCAGGCGUGAACAUGUUUAGUGCGCAAGGCACUGCGGCUGUCAACGGUGCUGGAAGCUCGACCCCAGGAACAGCCACGCCAGUACAGCCAGCGGCCGGAUCAGGAGCGUCAGAUGGUCAGGAUGCUGGGCCAUCGCCUGCGCCAACAGCAUCGAGGCCCAUAAGCGCAAGUCCGUAUGGUAGAUUCACGAGCGGACGAGCGGCGAUUCCUGCAUGGCAGAUGGCGGCAGCUAAAAAGAAUCAGGAGCCGUCUGAUAAAAAAGAGGGGUCUGAAAGCGGACCGGCCAGUGAGGCAGGGGCUGGGGCGUAGGUAGAAGGGCUGGGGUCUCUUGUAGUGCAAUACGCGAUGAGAUAAUGGAAUGC